AUGGUCACAGUAUUUAAACUGCUGGACUGGGGAGAAGAGGGCCACAGGACAGAGGCUGAAAUACAAGCCCUAAGGUCCGCUUUUACUCAAGAAGUUGUCGUGUGGCACAAACUUGAUCAUCCUAACGUAACAAAGGUAAAUAGUUCUAUGAGUAACUCUUCCUUGCGUUGUUCUAACAUUUAUCAAAACUCAAUUGGAGAAGUGGCUCGUAGCAUGUAUUUUGACAUAAGUUGUAACGCUUUUGCGUGUUUUGACGUAAACAAUACGGUUUGUGUUUCCUGGCUUUGCAGGUUAAACUACCUUCAUUCCCAGAAGAUUGUUCACAGAGAUGUGAAAACAGAAAAUAUGCUUUUAGACAAGGCACGCAUGGUCAAAAUUGCAGAUUUUGGCGUUGUUCGUGUUGAAGCCUCAAAUCCUAAUGACAUGACUGGGGAGACCGGGACAUUCGGCUCCAUGGCUCCUGAGGUUCUCAACGGAAAUCCUUACAACAGGAAAUGUGAUGUGUAUAGUUUUGGCAUCUGUUUAUGGGAGAUAUAUUGUUGCGACAUGCCAUAUCCGGACCUUAGUUUCUCGGAGGUGACUUCAGCAGUCGUUCGCCAGGGGUUGGAGCAUUUCCUCUCGCAAUGUUUGGAUUGA